UCACUCAUUCUCCGAUCCGCGCGUGAACGCAGCUCGGCAAGCCGCUGGCAGGAAGCAAUUCUGCAAAAAUAAUCGUACUCAGCCUGGCAAUUGUCUGCCCCUAGGUCUGUGGCUCUGCCGCCGUCCACGCGCUCUGCCAGGGGAGGGGGCACAGAAUUUACCGCGGCAAGAACGUCCCUCCCGGCCAGCAGAUUACAAUGCUGCAAACUAAGGAUCUCAUCUGGACUUUGUUUUUCCUGGGAACUGCAGCUUCUCUGCAGGUGGAUAUUGUCCCCAGCCAAGGGGAGAUCAGCGUUGGAGAAUCCAAAUUCUUCUUAUGCCAAGUGGCCGGAGAUGCCAAAGAUAAAGACAUCUCCUGGUUCUCCCCCAAUGGAGAAAAGCUCACCCCAAACCAGCAGCGGAUCUCCGUGGUGUGGAAUGACGACUCUUCCUCCACACUCACCAUCUACAAUGCCAACAUUGACGACGCCGGCAUCUACAAGUGCGUGGUCACUGGCGAGGAUGGCAGCGAGUCAGAGGCCACGGUCAACGUGAAGAUCUUCCAGAAGCUCAUGUUCAAGAAUGCACCAACCCCGCAGGAGUUCAGGGAGGGGGAAGAUGCUGUGAUCGUGUGUGAUGUGGUCAGCUCCCUCCCCCCAACCAUCAUCUGGAAACACAAAGGCCGAGAUGUCAUCCUGAAAAAAGAUGUCCGAUUCAUAGUCCUGUCCAACAACUACCUGCAGAUCCGGGGCAUCAAGAAAACAGAUGAGGGCACUUAUCGCUGCGAGGGCAGGAUCCUGGCACGGGGGGAGAUCAACUUCAAGGACAUUCAGGUCAUUGUGAACGUGCCGCCCACCGUCCAGGCCAGGCAGAGCAUAGUGAAUGCCACCGCCAACCUCGGCCAGUCCGUCACCCUGGUGUGCGAUGCUGAAGGCUUCCCAGAGCCCACCAUGAGCUGGACAAAGGACGGGGAACAGAUAGAGAAUGAGGAAGAUGACAAAUACGUCUUCAGCGAUGACAGUUCUGAGCUGACCAUCAGGAAGGUGGAUAAGAACGACGAGGCUGAGUACGUGUGCAUCGCCGAGAACAAGGCUGGAGAGCAGGAUGCGUCCAUCCACCUCAAAGUCUUUGCAAAACCCAAAAUCACUUAUGUAGAGAACCAGACGGCCAUGGAACUGGAGGAACAAGUCACCCUUACCUGUGAGGCCUCAGGAGACCCCAUUCCCUCUAUCACCUGGAGGACUUCUACCCGAAACAUCAGCAGCGAAGAAAAGGCUUCGUGGACUCGACCGGAGAAGCAGGAGACUCUGGAUGGGCACAUGGUGGUGCGCAGCCAUGCGCGCGUGUCGUCCCUGACCCUGAAGAGCGUCCAGUACACAGACGCCGGAGAAUACGUCUGCACUGCCAGCAACACCAUCGGCCAGGACUCCCAGUCCAUGUACCUCGAAGUGCAAUACGCCCCCAAGCUGCAGGGCCCUGUGGCUGUCUACACGUGGGAGGGGAACCAAGUGAACAUUACGUGCGAGGUGUUUGCCUACCCCAGCGCCACGAUCUCGUGGUUCCGAGACGGUCAGCUGCUGCCAAGCUCCAAUUACAGUAAUAUCAAGAUCUACAACACCCCCUCCGCCAGCUACCUGGAGGUGACCCCGGACUCUGAAAACGACUUCGGGAAUUACAACUGCACUGCCGUGAACCGCAUCGGGCAGGAAUCUCUGGAGUUCAUCCUCGUCCAAGCAGACACCCCCUCGUCACCGUCCAUCGACCAGGUGGAGCCGUACUCCAGCACAGCACAGGUGCAGUUUGAUGAGCCCGAGGCCACAGGCGGGGUGCCCAUCCUCAAAUACAAGGCCGAGUGGAGGGCAGUGGGCGAGGAAGUGUGGCAUUUCAAGUGGUACGAUGCCAAGGAGGCCAACAUGGAGGGCAUCGUCACCAUCGUGGGCCUGAAGCCCGAGACGACAUACGCGGUGCGGCUGGCGGCCCUCAACGGCAAGGGGCUGGGGGAGAUCAGCACAGCCUCCGAGUUCAAGACGCAGCCAGUCCACAGCCCUCUUCCACAAGGGGAACCCAGCGCACCUAAACUUGAAGGGCAGAUGGGAGAGGAUGGAAACUCUAUUAAGGUGAAUCUGAUCAAACAGGAUGAUGGCGGCUCCCCCAUCAGGCACUACCUGGUCAAGUACCGAGCGAAGCUCUCCUCGGAGUGGAAACCGGAGAUCCGGCUCCCAUCCGGCAGUGACCACGUCAUGCUCAAGUCCCUGGACUGGAACGCUGAAUACGAGGUCUACGUGGUGGCCGAGAACCAGCAGGGGAAGUCCAAGGCGGCUCAUUUUGUGUUCAGGACCUCAGCCCAGCCCACAGCCAUCCCAGCCAAUGGCAGCCCUACAUCAGGCCUGAGCACCGGGGCCAUCGUGGGCAUCCUCAUCGUCAUCUUCGUCCUGCUGCUGGUGGUGGUGGACAUCACCUGCUACUUCCUAAACAAGUGCGGACUGCUCAUGUGCAUCGCCGUCAACCUGUGUGGAAAGGCCGGGCCCGGAGCCAAGGGCAAGGACAUGGAGGAGGGCAAAGCUGCCUUCUCGAAAGACGAGUCCAAGGAACCCAUCGUGGAGGUGAGGACCGAGGAGGAGCGGACCCCGAACCACGACGGAGGGAAACACACGGAGCCCAACGAGACCACCCCGCUGACGGAGCCCGAGCUGCCGGCCGACACCACAGCCACUGUCGAGGACAUGCUGCCUUCUGUCACCACCGUCACCGCUAACUCUGACACUAUCACCGAAACCUUUGCCACUGCUCAGAACAGCCCCACCAGUGAGACCACCACCCUGACCUCCAGUAUUGCCCCCCCGGCCACGGCCACGCCCGACUCAAACUCUGUGCCCGCCGGCCAGGCCACCCCUUCCAAGGGGCCGGGCGCCGCAGCCCCCUCCCCGCCCCCAGCUUCCGCCCCCAAGGUCGCUCCCCUCGUUGACCUGAGCGACACCCCGGCCUCAGCCCCUGCCGCCAGCAAUCUGUCUUCUAGUGUCCUGGCUCACCAGGGGGCCGUGCUCAGCCCCAGCGCCCCUCCCGGGGAGGCCGCCAAGGCCCCUCCAGCGAGCAAGGGGAGCCCCACAGCGGCCGGGGCAGCCGGUCCCCUAGCCGCAGCGGCCGCCCCUGCCACGGCAGCCCCGCAGGCCAAGCAGGAGGCUCCGAGCACCGCAGGCCCGGACCCCGAGCCCACCCAGCCCGGCGCCGCGAAGAGCCCGACCGAGGCAGCCGCGGCGGGCCUCCGCAGCCCGAAGAGCGAGGCUGCCUCAAACCCCGCCCAAGGCGAGGACUUUAAAAUGGACGAAGGGAACUUCAAGACCCCAGAUAUUGACCUUGCCAAGGAUGUUUUUGCAGCCCUGGGCUCUCCUGCUCCCACCGCUGGGGCCAGCGGACAAGCCCCCGAGCUCACCCCUUCCACUGCAGACAGCUCUGUUUCGCCUGCACCAGCAAAGACCGAGAAAGGCCCCGCAGAAGCGAAGUCGGAGAGCCAGGAGACAGAAACGAAACCAGCGCCAGCCGAAGUCAAAACGGUCCCCAACGACGCCACACAGACAAAGGAGAACGAGAGCAAAGCAUGAUGGGUGACGAGAAAUGAGCAGAUCAAAGUAAAAGUGACACCAUAGCUUCACCAGAGCAUUUCCAAUAUCACACACACACACACACACACACACACACACACACACACCUCAUUCCUCUAGUGUCUUUUGCCUUUAAAAAAAAAAGUAAACAGAUAAACACGGGAUCUCCUUUUUGUAGGUUUAUAAAAAGGGUUCCUUUGCUGCGCACUCACUUGUAAGAAAAUGAGACAAAAAGGUUAAACCCACAGCCAAACUAGGACACUCCGUUCCCUGAAACCAUUUAAAAAUCAAACAAAAGGACCCCAAAUUAAGAAUCUAGGAAGCUCAGAAAGAAAAAGAAAAAAUCUAGGUUCAGGAAGACCACACUUGGUGUUGCCCAAUUGGCACCGACCAGUUUCCGAGAAGUGCUUCCAGGCACUGAGACUAACGAAUGAACAAAGUCCAAGUUUAUUUUUAUACUUUGAGUCGAGUUUGAACUCUGUAAAGCCCCACAAAUAAGUUAUCAUUUCUGUUCACUUUGUAUCUGUUCAGUAUGCAAAGUGUGUCACCCUCUCUAGCUGAUUGCGAUUCCCACGUAGACUCUCGUUCGGUAGGAAGAAUGCCAAAUUACAGCCUCCGGGGGCAGAUCUAAGUUUGCAAUAUUCGGAUUGCUUUCUCGUCCCUUUUCCUUCUCUCUCUCUUUUUGUUUUUCCUUUCUGCCAACUUUGUUUUCCAGUGUUUACAAGUUGACAAUUGCUUCACUUUGGUUGUGUUUAAAUGUCCAUGUAAAAUAGCUGCCUUUUUUUUUUAAGUUACAAAUACUGCCUAGAGGCGGACAGACUCCUCACAGGCUUGUUCUCGUGCAGGACAACUUUAUAAACUAUGAUUGUUUACAGUGGCUCUUCCCCCCCCCCCCCCCCCCCCCCCCCCCCCCUCAUUCUGAUUUGAAAUUUUUGCCUGUGAGCAACUCAGGUGAAAAUCCCAUCUCCUCCUGGAGUGGUUUUUCUUUUUUCUUUUUUUUUCUUUUNUUUUUUUCUUUUCUUUUCUUUUUUUUUUUUUUCCGCCUCUUGGUUCUUUUUGUAUUUCCUGGGGGGUUAGACCACUUUCUGAGUAGCCACCACCUGCCUGUAUCUGUGAAAAAAAUCUGCCCCCUAGGCAUCUGCGUCCUUCCUUUUGAAGGAAGGACUCUGUAGGCUUUGUUGAAUGAAGCAGAGAAGAUUGUACAGUUGUGGCUGGUCUUGGUGAACACACAUUUUUACCCCAAACACCCCCUUUUUGUAGAAAGCCAAAUAAAAUGUAUACAUACGA